AUGAUGUCCACGCGCUUUUCCAGAGCUCUUCCCCGAGCUACCACUUCAGUCUCGCGCUCGGCCGCCUUCGCCAGGCCGGCCUUCGCCUCCAGAUUCGCUCGCUAUGAGUCGACCGAGUCCGAGGGCAAGGUGCAGGGCUCAGUCAUCGGUAUCGAUUUGGGUACCACCAACUCCGCGGUGGCGAUAAUGGAAGGCAAGACUCCUAAGAUCAUCGAAAACUCCGAAGGUGCCCGGACAACGCCAUCAGUAGUUGCGUUCGCCGAGGAUGGCGAGCGCCUCGUCGGUGUGGCCGCAAAGCGCCAGGCCGUCGUCAACCCUGAGAACACCCUCUUCGCCACCAAGCGACUGAUCGGUCGCAAGUUCACCGACGCCGAGGUCCAGAGGGACAUCAAGGAGGUGCCCUACAAGAUUGUCCAGCACGGCAACGGCGACGCCUGGGUGUCGGCCCGCGGCAAGAACUACUCUCCCUCCCAGAUCGGCGGCUUCGUUCUCGGCAAGAUGAAGGAGACGGCCGAGGCCUACCUGAGCAAGCCUGUCAAGAACGCCGUCGUCACCGUGCCCGCCUACUUCAACGACUCGCAGCGCCAGGCCACCAAGGAUGCUGGUCAGAUUGCUGGCCUCAACGUCCUCCGUGUCGUGAACGAGCCCACUGCCGCUGCCCUGGCCUACGGCUUGGAGAAGGAGGCUGACCGCGUCGUCGCCGUGUACGAUCUUGGCGGUGGCACCUUCGACAUCUCCGUCCUCGAGAUCCAGAACGGUGUCUUCGAGGUCAAGAGCACCAACGGCAACACCCAUCUCGGUGGUGAGGACUUCGACAUCAAGCUCGUCCGCCACCUCGUCCAGCAGUUCAAGUCCGAGUCCGGCAUUGACCUGUCCGGCGACCGCAUGGCCAUCCAGCGUAUCCGUGAGGCUGCCGAGAAGGCCAAGAUUGAGCUGUCGUCCACCCUCCAGACCGACAUCAACCUGCCCUUCAUCACCGCCGACUCGUCCGGCCCCAAGCACAUCAACCUCAAGCUCACCCGUGCUCAGCUCGAGAAGAUGGUCGACCCCCUCAUCUCCCAGACCAUCGAGCCCGUCCGCAAGGCCCUCAAGGAUGCCAACCUUCAGACCAAGGACAUCCAGGAGGUUAUCCUUGUCGGUGGCAUGACCCGCAUGCCCAAGGUCACCGAGUCGGUCAAGAGCCUCUUCGGCCGCGAUCCCGCCAAGUCGGUGAACCCCGAUGAGGCUGUCGCCAUUGGUGCCGCCGUCCAGGGUGCUGUCCUCUCGGGCGAGGUGAAGGACCUUCUCCUCCUCGACGUCACGCCCCUGUCCCUCGGCAUCGAGACCCUUGGUGGCGUCUUCACCCGCCUGAUCAACCGCAACACCACCAUCCCCACCAAGAAGUCCCAGGUCUUCUCCACGGCCGCCGACUUCCAGACCGCCGUCGAGAUCAAGGUGUACCAGGGCGAGCGUGAGCUCGUCAAGGACAACAAGAUGCUCGGAAACUUCCAGCUCGUCGGCAUCCCCCCUGCCCACCGCGGUGUUCCCCAGAUCGAGGUGACCUUCGACAUCGACGCCGACUCGAUCGUCCACGUCCACGCCAAGGACAAGUCCACCAACAAGGACCAGUCCAUCACCAUCGCUUCCGGCUCCGGCCUCUCCGACUCGGAGAUCCAGCAGAUGGUGGAGGACUCGGAGAAGUAUGCCGAGACCGACAAGGAGCGCAAGGCCGCCAUCGAGGCCGCCAACCGCGCCGACAGCGUCCUCAACGACACGGAGCGUGCCCUGAACGAGUACGCGGACAAGCUCGAGAAGGACGAGGCCGACAAGAUCCGCGAGAAGAUCGCCUCGUUCCGCGAGUUUGUCUCCAAGAGCCUGGCCGGCGAGGGCACUGCCACGGCCGCCGAGAUCAAGGAGAAGACCGACGACCUCCAGGUUGCCAGCUUGAACCUCUUCGACAAGAUGCACAAGGCUCGCGAGUCCAGCGACAACCAGUCGUCUGAGAACAACACCUCGUCCAACGAGGGCGAGAAGAAGCCUUAA